AUGCCGUUGUAUUUGGUUUGGUUUGUUUUACACCCAGACUAUCAUGAAUUUAGACUCCAAGAAUUGGAGUCUUUGGCUGGCUGUUUUGGAAUAGAAAAGAACAAGCUUUGGGUGAGUAACCUACCUAAUUAUGUUUCUUGGAAAGGUAACGAAUAUAAUAGACCUUUAGCAAAUGACCAUAGUAACUCCUUUGCAUGGGUUUACCUGCCGAAAGAAGAUAUUGCUUUACGUAUUUUAGAAAGAAGUGUUUUGGUGAGAGGGUUUAUGGAAGUUUGGGCAAGUGGACCAGAUCAUGAAAAAGUUAAACAAAUACUCAAACAGGAUGAGCAUGUUAAGAGUGAAUUUCUCAGAAAUUAUAUACAUGAUAAUGUGGAUUUUUCUUGGAAAGUAAGAAGUAUUGGAAAGAAAUUAUCUAGACCUGAACAGGUUUCAAGAAUGAAUGAUUAUGGAUUCUUAUUUAAAGGCACUGAAAAGGUGAAUUUAAAGGAACCCUCUCUAAGUUUGGGUAUUUUUGAGGAUUGGAGAUGUAUCAACUGGGAGGAUGAACACUCAAAAGAGGGGAUUUCUAAAGAAGAAAUUUCUAAGGUUAAAUCUGACUUAAAGAGAGUCUAUCUUGGAAGAAUAAUAGGAUUUCAAAGCUGUAAUGAUCUUGAAGACAAAUCCCUAUGGUGGCUUAAAUAUACUUUAAACAAAAGGCCAAUUUUAGGUCCAACUACUAUGGAUAAUGAACUGGCUUUUAUAAUGUGUAAUAUUGCCCAAGUUAAAAAGAAUGACGUGGUUUUUGAUCCUUUCUGUGGAACUGGUGGUAUUCUUAUAUCAGCUUCUCAUUUUGGAGCUACUUGUUUUGGAUCUGAUCUUGAUCUUAGAGUAAUUAAUGGUUGGUUCUGUUCUUAUGUCAACCCACAUAUGAUUAAAAAUAAUACUAUAAAGGAAGAUCAUCCCAGGUCAAUUUAUUCAAAUUUUGACUAUUACAAGCUCCAAAGACCUGGUAUAAUUAGAAUGGACAUUUCUCAGAAUUCCAUUAGACGUUCCUGGAUAGAUGCUAUAGUGUGUGAUCCUCCUUAUGGCAUCAGAGCUACUUCUAGAACAACUAAUUCUAAUCAGAACCAAAUUAAUGAACAGAGAGAAGAUUCCAGUUAUUCAGGUAAUAACUAUAUUCACAGCUUUAUUCAGGAUUACAAUUACAGAAAAAAAACAUCUUCCUACUCUACUCCUGACAUGUCAAAUACUCAUCCAUCUGUAGGAAAGAACAAUUUUGGUUCUCUUCAGCCAAUUGAUGAUAUGAUUUUUGAUUUGUUAUCUUUUGCAUCCAAAACUUUGGUAAAUGAUGGACAUCUAGUCUUUCUCCUACCUCUCCUUGCCUCAGAUGCUAAUAUUGUAAUCUCCAAUCUAAUAGAUGCCUGGAAACACAUAUUUUCCAUAGACUUUCCUUACAUGCAAACACUUGGAGGAGGGUUAGGGAGAUUGUUAGUACAUAUGAAACUGUUGAAAAAAAAAGAAAAAUAA